CAUCUGCCUUCCUCUCAGAGGCUGCUGCAAGAACAAAUGUCAAAAUAAAAACAAAACUACACCUGAUUGUGUUGAAGCCUUUAGAUUUCUUCGUUUUACCCAAUGAACUUCAGAUAGAGAAAGAAAAAGCAGCAGACAGAGCCAGCUGAUUCUCAUGUCUGCUGCUUCCACCUCAUCAUUCCUCCGUCUCUCCCUCCCUCUUCACUCUCUCCAACUCACACAUCCACACCCACACCCAAGGAUACCCUCAGUGCUUCAUUGUCGCUGUUUCCCACACACUGCUCCCUUUUUUCUCUUUCACUUUUUGCCCACCCUCUCCAACUACAAGCAAAUUUAUUGAUGCUCUCUGGGGAAGAAAUGCUCGCCUGACCCUGUUGCUGAGACUUCUUUGGAUGCUCUUCGUUUCUCCAUUCUUUCUCUCCCACGUUGCUGCUACCUGUGGAGGUCCCUCGGUUCUCCAGUUCAGCCAUCUACAGUGCAGAGAGGAACCAUGCUGGGUUUGGAUGUGUGUGAGUUCGGGGGUCAGGUGCUGGAGCUGCUGUGGCUGACCAUGUGCUACAGAGGUCUGCUGGCUGACAAGACUAAUUUGGCUAUAGAGGAGGAAGAUGAUGACAGGAACCUGAACUACAAUCCUCCGGCUCAGAAGUCGCUGCAGGAGAUUCAGGAAAUGGACAAAGAUGAUGAAAGCUUGGUGAAGUACAAGCAGACCCUGCUGGGGCCAGAGGCAAUGAGUGCAGACCCCUCUGAGCCUAACGUCAGAGUGACCAGACUGAUCCUGUUGUGUGACGAUACUUCUGAACCAAUCGCCAUGGAUCUCACAGGAGACCUGAGUGCUCUGAAGGAGACCAGCUUCACCUUGCAGGAAGGAGCCAAAUACAGGCUGAAGGUUUACUUCAAGGUGAACAGAGAUAUUGUGUCUGGCUUGAAGUAUCGUCAAGUGACCUACAAAAAAGGAGUAAGAAAGAACACUGUAGUGUGCAUGAUGGGAAGCUAUGGCCCACGAGCAGAGGAGCAGGAGUUCCUGUGUUCAGUUGAUGAGGCGCCUAAGGGGAUGAUGUCCCGAGGUCAAUAUGUGGUCAAAUCCUGCUUCACCGAUGAUGACAAGAACAUCUACUUAUCUUGGGAGUGGAUCCUUAACAUCAGCAAGGAUGGAAAUUAACAGGAAGUGUGACAAAACUGAUGCCGAAUUAUUUCCCUUCUUCCAUACUUGCCUUUUAUUUAUUAUAUCCUCUGUCCUCUCUUUAUUUAUUAUAUCCUCUGUCACCUUCUUUCUUUCUAUAAUUGCACACACCAAGAGAGGAACCUCUGUUUACAGUUAUCUUUUCCCAUUUUCUUUACAUUUUCUAGGUUAUCUCCAUCAUUCCUAAUGUUGUCUAUUCUUUUUAUUACCAUUGCUCCCUUCUGCCUUAUUUAGUCAUGUUUCCUAACCCAGAAGGUCAGGUUGGUCAGUUUUAAGCACAUAAUGAAACAUCGCUGAAGGAUUAAUG